AUGUCUGAAUCUUUCCAGAAGGCCGUCGAGGACUCCAAGAAGCUCACCUCUAAGCCCAACACCGACGAGCUUCUCAGGCUCUACGGACUCUACAAGGUCGCCAACGGUGAGGACUUCUCCGCUGCUACCGCCCCUGGCAUGUUCGACCUCAAGGGCAAGGCCAAGUAUAACGCUUGGAAGAAGGCCGCCGAGGAGGAGAAGCUCACCCCCGAUGCCGCUCAGGUCAAGUACGUUGAGCUGGUUGAAGAGCUCAAGGAGAAAUGCGGCUACGAUGCCAACAAGGUUCCCGAGGCCGUUGGUAAUUAA